AUGGCAGAGCAGGCGGGAUCGACGGGGGGAAAGAAAGACGCGUCCUCCACCACGCCCUCGCCCCUACAAUCACUCAGCAACUCCGUCUCCUCUCUAGGCCGCUCACCACCGCCGCCUGCACUCAAGAUGAGCUCGCCGAACCCCACCUCGUCCCACCGCUCGAGCUUCGCAGAGCACAUGCGCGGGACACCCACCUCCCCGCGCGCCUCUCGACACGGCUCUCUCACACAACAAGCACUGCAGGACCUGCUCAACAAUCCGCCGACCAAAGGCGGUGAUCCCAAGUUCCAGGGUCGUGAUUGGAGGUCAAUCCGACUGGGUGAAAUCGUGGACCCUGAGCUCGUCAGGUUUGUCGAGUACGACACCAGCGUUGAGGACGCGACCAGUAUCUUGGUCAAGCACGGCGCACCCAACGUCGUUUUGCUUCGUGAAGACGCAAACACACGCCAUGCAACGGGCACCUUUGAUUACAGCGACCUCAACGCCUAUCUCCUGCUCGUCGUCGGCCUUGCACACCCCGAUGAGGGAGACAUUGCCUCGUUCGAUGAGCUGGCGAAGAAGGGAAGGGAAGGAAAGCCGAUUCCGCUCAAAGAUGUCAAGGAGGUUGGCGGCAAAAAGGAGCCUCUCAUCACGCUUCCCAGCACCGCCGACCUGACCAAGGCCAUAGAAGUGUUUGGCAGUGGGGUGCACAGGGUACUCGUCGCAGAAGAGGGCACCACAAACGUCAUUGGCAUUCUCACCCAACUGCGUCUCGUCCAGUUCUUCUGGGAGAAUCGGCAGAGCUUUCCAGCUGUCGACCAACUCUACCCUUACCAAUUGAAGGACCUGAACAUUGGAUCCAAGCACGUUCUCGCCAUCAACGGUGAUGCUCCCCUGGCGCAAGCUCUUGAGCUCAUGAACAACGAGGGCAUCUCGUCUCUACCCGUUCUCGACGCGCAGAACAAUGUCAUUGGCAACAUUUCGCAUGUCGACGUCCGGCUACUCACCAAGUCCACAUCACUUCCUCUCCUUCGCUCCUCGUGCAUCCACUUCAUCUCCGUAAUCCUCUCGGAGCGGGGCGUCAACGAUGGCCAAGACUCUUUUCCAGUCUUCCAUGUCGAUUGGUUCAGUACACUGGCGCACACGGUGGCAAAGCUGGUCGCCACACGCUCCCAUCGCAUGUGGGUUGUGGAUGCACCAUCCCCCUCGUCGUCGGGUCCCUCCACCCCAGCCCUCGCCCCGUCCGUCAUUGUGCCCCCCUCACCCAUAUCUCCCAUACCCGCCAUCAUGACCGGCCCCACGCCCGUCAACUCGAUCGCGCCUACCCACCUCGCAGGCACAAACGCAGUGGCACCCGCGAUAUCCGCCUCGGCCAUUACGGGCGCCCGCCUGUCCGGCCGACUAAGCGGAGUCAUCAGUCUCACCGACGUCCUGAACCUCUUCGCCAAGGCCAGCGGCCUGAAGCCCCAUGACCCGGACGAAGCACGGCGUGCUAGGCGCAGGUCGAGCUCGAGCAGCAUGAGGAAGAGCAUGGACAGUUCGCGCAGCGAGAGCGUGUCUGGGAUUGCGGGCCGACGCAGCAGCGUCAGCGAGAAUCAGAAGAAUAUCCAGCGGCUCGAGGGCUUGGGUAUUUCACGGGGCCGGGGGACGGGUGGGUGA